AUGGAGAAUGAUAUUAUGGCAUCAGUUCGCUCUGUAGUGUUCAAAGAGUCAGAAAACCUCGAAGGAAAAUGCAUUAAGAUUGAGGGUUAUGACUUUAAUCAAAGAGUAAACUAUCCUAAGCUUUUGAAAUCAUUUAUCUCUACAGGUUUUCAAGCAUCUAAUCUCGGAGAAGCUAUUGAUGUUGUAAAUGAAAUGCUAAAUUGGCGACUGACAAACGAGAUAAUUACUGAAGAUUGCAGUGAGGAAGAGAAAGAUCCUGUGUUUAGGGAAUCUGUAAGAUGCAAAGUGUUCUUAGGUUUUACCUCAAAUCUAAUUUGUUUAUUUUCUUUUCUCUUGCGCUUUAACAAACAUAAUAUUUGCACUCUAUAUUUUUUAUUUGCACAUCCUCAGGUUGAUGUUGUUGUAACAACUGCUGGUGGUGUAGAAGAGGAUCUUGUUAAAUGCCUGGCUCCUACAUUCAAAGGUGAUUUUUCUUUACCUGGAGCUCAGUUGCGCUCCAAAGGAUUGAAUCGUAUUGGUAAUUUAUUGGUUCCAAAUGAGAACUACUGCAAAUUUGAGGAUUGGAUCAUUCCCAUUUUUGAUAAAAUGUUGGAAGAGCAAACUACAGAGGCUUCUAUCCUUCUUUUAGGGUUUACCCUUGAUGCUGGAUUUUCUGAAUUCUCAUUUCGCAAUCUUUUAGCUUCAUCGAUACCUUGUGGGUUUCGCUUCGUUGUAUCAAUGUAUGCUGUUAGGGGAGAGGCAUCAAGUAGAAGGUUGAUUUUUGGAUGGCCUUUUAACAUGUUAUAUGAAAACCGAAAAGCUCACAUACUGAAAUAUAUCAGAGUUAAAAUUCUAAAUAAAGGUAAAAUAAUGGAGGAUAGCACUGAAAUAAAGGUUGUUUCCACUCAAGAAAAUGUUGAGAAUGCGUCUGCAGCAAAUCAAGAAACACGAGAUGAAAUGCUUGCAAGGCAUAGGGAAACAUAUCUUCAUUGGAAAUUUUUUGUACUCAAUGACGAAGUUGGUGAUAGCUACAAGCAUUUUGAAUGCGCGAUGUUUUGGGUUAUGAAGUAG